UUUUAGCAUGCAACCAUUGUGUGAAUCACCUUGGGCAUGUCAAUAAAACAGCCUACUCUACUAGUCCCAUGUCCUUGUUUAUUUUGUGCUCCUCUCUGGGAUUUUGUAAGCAAAUGAGAGAGGUCCUACAGGUGUAGACUUACAUACUACAGACCAAUCAGAGUUUAGACUGAGCUGAAGGGUCAUAUAUAAACCCUCCCUGUCUCCAGCCCCACACACUUUUCUGUUACAGGUAAGAGAACCAACUCAUCUUCAUCAUGUCAUUCAGGAGUUCCCCCAGGAGUUUUUCCAGCUCCAGUCUGUCUGGAAGCUUGGGUCAAAGGGGAAAUUUGUUUGGGGCUAUUUCAUCUGCAGCUAUAGGUAACAUGGCCAACUCAAUGCGUUCAUACGCGACCAUAAACAACAGCACCGUCGGCCAAAUGGAUGAUAAGGAGACUAUGAGGGGUUUGAAUGACCGUCUAGCUGGGUACCUGUCCAAGGUGAAACUCCUGGAGGAGUCCAACAACAACCUGGAGGAGCAAAUCAAAGAGGCUCUGAUGAGAAAAAGCAAUGAGACGGGCAAGGACUGGAGCGGUUACGAGAAAACCAUUGCUGAUCUGAGAAACCAGAUCCAGGAAAUGACCAUGGACAAUGCCCGACUUAUUCUGCAGAUAGAUAAUGGCCGACUGGCUGCUGACGAUUUCAAAGUCAAGUUUGAGUCAGAGCAAGCCAUGCGGCAAGGGGUGGAGCAGGAUCUCGCACGUCUGCGCAAGAUGCUGGACGACACUUACAUGAGCCGCAUGCAACUGGAGGGCCAGAUCGAAUUUAUGAGGGAAGAGCUCGCCUUUCUCAAGAAAAGCCAUGAGGAGGAUGUAGCCAACCUGAGAAACCAGAUCAGUGAGUCUCAAGUCAAUGUGCAUAUGGACACUAAAAACAGUCCAGACCUCAAUGAAAUCAUCGGCAACAUCCGUACACAGUACGAGAAAGCUGCGCAGAAGAGCCAGGAGGAAACUGAAGCUUGGUAUCAAAAGAAGUUUGACAACAUUGCAGCUGAAGUGACUCAGAACACAGAAGCUCUGCAGAUGGGACGGACAGAGCUGAAUGAACUGCGCAGACAAAUGCAGUCUCUUGAAAUUGACCUGCAGACUUUGCAUAACAUGAUUCGAUCUCUGGAAGAUACGUUGCGUGAGACAGAAGCACGUUACAAUCAAGAAGUCAGUGGGCACAAUGGUCGAAUUAUGCAGCUGGAGGGAGAACUGGGGCAGGUGCGAGCUCAGGUGGAGCGUCAGACCGCUGACUAUGAGGCCCUGCUUAACAUCAAGAUGAAACUUGAGGCAGAGAUCGACACCUAUCACCACCUCAUGGAAGGUACUGGUGAGGACACGAGAGACAACAACAGAGUGGAUUUUUCUUUAGAGCAGGCGUUGUAUGCAGCUCCUCCUCCUGAAGUUCUUAAGCAAACUAUCAUCAUCCGCCAAGAGGAGGAUGAAGAGGUGGUCACUCAGAGCGAACACGAGCAAAAUACAUCUCAUCUGAACCAGCAGGACGGUGAUGUGGAGGAAGAGGAGGUAGUGGAGGAAGAUGGGGACGUUCCUGCUGAGCAAAAAGAGGAUGAGGCUCCUUAUGAUGCCGUGGAGCAAAACGAGUGAUCGUCUACAACAACCUGCUAUAUUUCUUGGUUUAGUAACAAAGUGCAAAUUCGCCUGCAUAUUUCUUGGUUUACUCCCUUAAGAAAAUUAACCAUGGCUGUACUACAGUUAAACUAAAAACAAAAAAACAUGCUUACUGUAGUAAAACCAUGGUUUUGCUAAUAGUUAUCAGAACAUAAUGGUUUAAUACAAAAAAACAUGGUUAAUUUUAAUAAGGGUGUUCUUGCUUGUUUUCUUUUUUUUGUGAAGACUGUAACCGAUAUAUCAAACUUCUGUGCCACAUUAAAACAUAAUAAACCAAA